CGCUACACCUGUGUUCGAUGAAAGCAACUGACGUCAUUAAAAAAACAACAAAAAACAAAAUUAAAGAUAACCUUAGUAACAGGAAAGCUGUGGUGCCGCCGCACCGAUUAGGAUUACUAUAUUACAUGGAGAGCAGUGGGGGAAGAGCGACAGCUGGCAAUUAGGGCAAACAUCAAGCUUUUGAAGUGAGGAAUUCAAAACUAGGGUUUUGACUGUCCUGACAUUCUCCUCCAGGCUUUCUUUUUACUCAGAUAAAUAGUUAAACACAUAAACUGUCCAUUAUUUAUAAUUUCUACUGCAAGUCGUUCAAUUUCUCAUUCAUUGUCUUUUUUGUUUCUUCUUUUUCUUUGUCCCUUUUUCUUUUUCUAUGAAUUGUUCCAGAUAAAUAGUUAAACAAAUAAACUGCCCAUUAUUUUUGGGCCAACAUUCAGUGUCUAAAUAUCGAGACAUUCAUUGCUUCAUUGUUUUUGUACCAUUGUUUCUGUACCCAUUUAGCAUCAUCAUCCUCUUGAUUGUCAUUCAGAAUUAUCUCUUGCCUGUCUCUAUUAGUGCUGCUACUGUGUUAUGAUCCCUUUAUCGGAAAACAUUCAAUUGCAAACUCCUUGGAGCCAUAUUCAUGGCACAUAUUCAAUCGAGAUUCUUACUCUGCAACUCCUUUUGGCCUUUCAUUUUGUUUCCACCUUUCCCCAUUUGUUCUCUUUCUUCUGCAAAUGCUUCUGGCUUCUUUGCUUCCUUCACAGUUGUCUUGCAAGCUUACUUUAUUAGAUACGUACAAUGCCAAGGACAAGAGCAAGUGCUGCAGCUGCAGCACAGAAUCCAAAUGUAUCUGAGAACCCCAUUGAAUGUGAAAAGCCUGCGGAACCUGAAGAGCGUGUGGACCUUGAUGGAGACAAUGAGGAUACAAAGGAGGAAGAGGUUGAGUCUGAAGAAGUAGAGGAAGAAGUGGAAGAGAUAGAGGAAGAGGAGGAAGAAGAAGUAGAAGAAGAGGUGGAAGAAGAUGAAGAGGAGGAAGAUACCUACUUUGCUGAUGCACAAAAAGAUCCAGAUGGUGACGAUGAGAUAAAAUCUGCCAAAGGAGAAGUAGACAAUGAAAAUAGAAGGCAUGCAGAACUACUAGCACUUCCUCCUCAUGGGUCAGAGGUCUACCUUGGUGGCAUUCCAAAUAAUGCUUCUGAAGAGGAUUUGAGGGGCUUUUGUGAACCUGUAGGAGAAGUUACAGAGCAGGUGAGAAUUUUAAAGGGAAAAGAUUCUGCUGAAACCAAGGGCUAUGCUUUUGUGACAUUCAGAACCAAGGAAUUGGCUUCUAAGGCAAUGGAGGAGCUGAAUAAUGCCGAAAUAAAGGGAAGAAAGAUAAAGUGUUCAGCAUCUCAAGUAAAGCAUCGAUUGUUCAUUAGUAAUGUCCCCAGAACCUGGGAAGAGGAAGAUAUGAAGAAGGUUGUAACAGAGAUUGGACCUGGAGUUAAUUUGGUGGACCUUUGGAAGGACCCACAGAACUCCAGCCGGAACCGUGGAUUUGCUUUCAUCGAAUAUUAUAAUCAUGCAUGUGCAGAAUACUCAAGAAAAAAGAUGUCAAAUCCUAAAUUUAAGCUUGACAAUAAUGCUUCAACUGUGAGUUGGGCUGACCCUAAAAACGUGGAGUCUUCUGCUGCUUCACAGGUAAAGGCAGUAUACAUCAAGAAUUUACCAAAGUACAUGACUCAAGAUCAGUUAAGGGAGUUGUUUGGACAACAUGGAAAGAUCACAAAAGUAGUUAUUCCUCCUGCAAAGGCUGGACAGGAAAACUGCAGAUUUGGUUUUGUUCACUUUGCUGAAAGGUCCAGUGCCAUGAAGGCACUAAAGAACACUGAAAAAUACGAAAUUGAUGGUCACAUUUUAGGGUGUUCUCUUGCGAAACCACAGGCAGAUAAGAAGUUUUCUGGUGGAUCAAAUUCACAGAAGUCAGCCUUACUUCCAAGCUACCCUCCUUGGGUUGGUUAUGGUUUGCUUGGUGGUGCUCCAGGUGCAGGAUAUGGUGCUGCAGGCUUUGGACAACCACUGACCUAUGGUAGGGGACUGACUUCUGCUGGCACAGCCAUGAUGCCAAUGCUUUUGCCUGAUGGAAGGAUUGGAUAUGUCCUGCAGCAGCCUGGAAUGCAGCCAUACACCCCUCCAUCACAGCCUAGGAGUGACAGGAGUGGAGGCGGCAGCACUAGUGGGGGAAGGCAUAGUGGUGACAGAGGCUAUGGCCGCAGAUGGUAUAAUCCAUAUUGAGUCAGUCGCCUUGUCUGAAUGCAAUUGUAGCAGGGGAAGUUCCUGCAUCACUUAAAUUACCGUAAUUUGGUUGACACUGAUAUUUAAUGGUUUCACCAAAUAGCCACAGCUUGUUGUGAUGGAAAUGUUGGAAGUUUUCAUA